AUGGGUCUCGUCGAGUAUUCCUCCUCCUCGGAAGACGACAACGAUGACAUCGAACAACACACAGCAAAGCGACGCAAACUCUUGGACGAGAAUAACCUGCUUCCGCCCCUGCCCUCCAAUUUCCGCGACCUGUAUUCCUCAACUGUACGCACCAGCACACAGGAUGAUCCCUCUUUACACGGAGGCCGGAAAAGAGUCACACCGCAUGUAGCGGGGAAUUGGCCUGCGCAUGUUUAUUUGGAGUGGACCCCGGAAAAGAAUCAGCAAAUUGUACUCGAGAAUUUGGUCUCCAGUAUUCAGGACAAGGAGACCGAGGGGAAAAAAAUCCACACCCUCCUGGAAAAUGACCUGGGCGUUCAACUCCCACUGCACAUCUCCCUCUCCCGACCUCUGACGCUCAAGACUGCCCAGAAAGACAAAUUCCUUGCGGAUUUGAAGACUGCGAUUAGCACGACCGGCGUUCGAGGUUUCGCGGUCACUCCGAACAAACUGACAUGGCAUCCCAACGAAGAUGGGACGCGCUGGUUUCUGGUGUUGAGUCUCAUACGUCCGGAGAACAAUGAAUUGCAAAAAUUGCUGGAUGUCUGUAAUAAGCUAGCUGGAGAGGCUGGGCAGCCAUUACUCUACCAAGGUUCGAAGAGCAGAGAAGUGGAUGACGGAAAAUUCCAUCUGAGUGUGGCUUGGUCGUUGACACCUCAAGAAGAAGGAGAGGUUGAUGUUGCGACUGGCAUCAAGGAGAAGCUGAAGGGUCUGAAAAUAGAGCUUGGGGAAGUGAAGGCGAGAAUCGGGCAGGACGUCACGAGUAUUCCGUUGAGGAAAAGAAGAGGAGCGCUAUUCGGAAGGGAAGACUGA